AUUUGUAGUAACAUCUGGACAGUCUCCGCCUGCACCAGCAUCACUAGGUAUCCUAUAGUAACAUCUGGACAGUCCCCGCCUGCACCAGCAUCACUAGCUAUCCUAUAGUAACAUCUGGACAGUCUCCGCCUGCACCAGCAUCACUUGGUGUCCUAUAGUAACAUCUGGACAGUCUCCGCCUGCACCAGCAUCACUAGGUAUCCUAUAGUAACAUCUGGACAGUCUCCGCCUGCACCAGCAUCACUAGGUAUCCUAUAGUAACAUCUGGACAGUCUCCGCCUGCACCAGCAUCACUAGGUAUCCUAUAGUAACAUCUGGACAGUCUCCGCCUGCACCAGCAUCACUAGGUAUCCUAUAGUAACAUCUGGACAGUCUCCGCCUGCACCAGCAUCACUAGGUAUCCUAUAGUAACAUCUGGACAGUCUCCGCCUGCACCAGCAUCACUAGGUAUCCUAUAGUAACAUCUGGACAGUCUCCGCCUGCACCAGCAUCACUAGGUAUCCUAUAGUAACAUCUGGACAGUCUCCGCCUGCACCAGCAUCACUAGGUAUCCUAUAGUAACAUCUGGACAGUCUCCGCCUGCACCAGCAUCACUAGGUAUCCUAUAGUAACAUCUGGACAGUCUCCGCCUGCACCAGCAUCACUAGGUAUCCUAUAGUAACAUCUGGACAGUCUCCGCCUGCACCAGCAUCACUAGGUAUCCUAUAGUAACAUCUGGACAGUCUCCGCCUGCACCAGCAUCACUAGGUAUCCUAUAGUAACAUCUGGACAGUCUCCGCCUGCACCAGCAUCACUAGGUAUCCUAUAGUAACAUCUGGACAGUCUCCGCCUGCACCAGCAUCACUAGGUAUCCUAUAGUAACAUCUGGACAGUCUCCGCCUGCACCAGCAUCACUAGGUAUCCUAUAGUAACAUCUGGACAGUCUCCGCCUGCACCAGCAUCACUAGGUAUCCUAUAGUAACAUCUGGACAGUCUCCGCCUGCACCAGCAUCACUAGGUAUCCUAUAGUAACAUCUGGACAGUCUCCGCCUGCACCAGCAUCACUAGGUAUCCUAUAGUAACAUCUGGACAGUCUCCGCCUGCACCAGCAUCACUAGGUAUCCUAUAGUAACAUCUGGACAGUCUCCGCCUGCACCAGCAUCACUAGGUAUCCUAUAGUAACAUCUGGACAGUCUCCGCCUGCACCAGCAUCACUAGGUAUCCUAUAGUAACAUCUGGACAGUCUCCGCCUGCACCAGCAUCACUAGGUAUCCUAUAGUAACAUCUGGACAGUCUCCGCCUGCACCAGCAUCACUAGGUAUCCUAUAGUAACAUCUGGACAGUCUCCGCCUGCACCAGCAUCACUAGGUAUCCUAUAGUAACAUCUGGACAGUCUCCGCCUGCACCAGCAUCACUAGGUAUCCUAUAGUAACAUCUGGACAGUCUCCGCCUGCACCAGCAUCACUAGGUAUCCUAUAGUAACAUCUGGACAGUCUCCGCCUGCACCAGCAUCACUAGGUAUCCUAUAGUAACAUCUGGACAGUCUCCGCCUGCACCAGCAUCACUAGGUAUCCUAUAGUAACAUCUGGACAGUCUCCGCCUGCACCAGCAUCACUAGGUAUCCUAUAGUAACAUCUGGACAGUCUCCGCCUGCACCAGCAUCACUAGGUAUCCUAUAGUAACAUCUGGACAGUCUCCGCCUGCACCAGCAUCACUAGGUAUCCUAUAGUAACAUCUGGACAGUCUCCGCCUGCACCAGCAUCACUAGGUAUCCUAUAGUAACAUCUGGACAGUCUCCGCCUGCACCAGCAUCACUAGGUAUCCUAUAGUAACAUCUGGACAGUCUCCGCCUGCACCAGCAUCGCUAGGUAUCCUAUAGUAACAUCUGGACAGUCUUCGCCUGCACCAGCAUCACUAGCUAUCAUAGUAACAUCUGGACAGUCUCCGCCUGCACCAUAAACACUAGGUAUCAACUGAAGAGCAAGGUAUAUGAAGUGCGGCAGCUGGUAUUCCACUGCGGUGAUUUUUCCCAACAGGAUAAUACGUUUGUAGUGUGUGAUCUACGGCUCGUCCGUCCACGAAUCGUCUGUAGAAAACAAAAUCUGACUUCCAUGGAUGUCUCUACAAUGUACUCGGAAAGUGUUUUUUAAUUUCAACUGCACUAUCAGCUGAUAAUUAAUGUAAUUUGUCAACACAGCUGAAUUGUGUGACAAUUUAAAAACUUAUGAUCAUAGGAUUAUUGUAAUGAUUCGCACACAUCUACGUCAUGGUAACAACAUACAUACAUGAAUGUGAAGUAUCAAGGGGAGAUAAUUUAGUAGUAAAUAUUUGGAACUGAGCUCAAAAGUUUCAAUUGUUCAACUGUUUGAACGAUCAGAUUUGAAUGACAUGUGCUGAUUCUGGUAGACAUUCAGACAUGAAGGUGAAAAUAAAGAAAGUUUCGUGGCCGCGGACUAGGGAGGAGCGCCCUCUGCGAAGCUUUAACAGUCAGGCGGUGAGGGAAAGCUACAAUAGAGCGUGGAACUCUGAUUCAGAGUCGGGGGACGAACUCUCCUGGGACGAAGACGCAAACUACACAUACACAGUGAAGAAAAGGUAUGGGGAAUGGAAACAGAAACAGCGACAGUUCGUCUGUUGCCUCGUCUGCUCUAUCGUCCUAAUCGCUAUUCUGGCGAGUGUUGUCAUCUGGCAGUACCAGAAUCGUUACCGAGUAAACGCACAGCUUUGUGACUCUCAGACCUGUGUGAAGACGAGCGCCUACAUCCUCCAGAAAAUGGAUACUUCAGUUGAUCCGUGUAGUGACUUCUACAGCUACACCUGUGGUAACUGGGUAAAGACGACAGUAAUCCCCGAAACUGAGCCAAAGUACGGCACAUUCCAGGUCAUUCAGGAUCAGAUCACUAACGACCUUAAAAAGUUAUUUCAAUCUGACAGUGUCAUGUACAAGGGACAUAACUCUACAGCAAUCCAGAAGAUGAAAACGUAUUACAAUACUUGUAUGGAUACGGACAAAAUAGACAAACUGGACAUCCAGCCUGUUAUAGAAGUAAUUAACAGUUUUGGGUCAUGGACCCUAAGUAACACAUCCAAACCCUGGGAUGAAAACAACUGGAACUUCAUGGAUGCAUUUGUCAAAAUUGCUAAGACAGGAUUAAACGACCCGCUACUGGGAAUCGGUGUCAGUAAUGAUGACCGCAACAACAGUGUGAACAUCAUAAAUAUUGGACAGAGUGGUCUCACUCUGGGCUCUUGUGAACAGUACUACACCAACAGUUCUAAGUACCAGGCCCUGAAGGACGCGUACAUCGACUACGGAACCAGGUGGACAGUUUAUCUGGGAGCUGAGGAAACGGAAGCCAAGGCCAAGAUUGAAGCAAUUUACAACUUCGAGCAACAGUUAGCAUUAAUUUUCAGAACCAAGGAAGAGUUACAAGACCCAGAGAAAAUCUACAACAAAAUGUCUAUCAAGGAGCUUCAGGACAACUACUUAGGGCCAACAUCAAUGAUACACAUACAUGACUAUAUCAAUGGAAUAUUUGGACGAGUGAUCCCAGAGGACACACAGAUCCUGGUGUACACACCGAGGUAUCUCAAAGACCUCACCGCUCUCCUGGCCAGGACUCCUAAGAGCGUGUUAGCUGACUACAUGGUCUGGACAACGGUCAGUAGCUUAUCGGGAUACCUACCUCAACGGUUCAUUGACCUUGCCCUCAUCCUCUCUAAGGUGGAGUCGGGCGUGACCAAGCUGGAACCCCGCUGGAAGCGAUGUAUGGGUAAGGCUGUCGGUACUGCCGGGUACGCUGCUGGCGCCCUCUAUGUGCAGGACUACUUCGCGGAGACAAGCAAAGCUCAGGUGGAGGAUAUACUGGAGCAAGUAAGAGCGGCAUUUAUUUCCAAUCUUCCGAGCGUGACCUGGAUGGAUGAUGUGACUCGGGCAAAGGCUGCAGAGAAAGCAGAGCAUGUCACCAAGAAGAUAGCCUACCCUGACUGGAUCCUGGAUCCCACAAAGCUUGACACGCAUUACGAAAAUCUCACUAUAACACCAGGAGAGUUUGUAAAAAGUCUUUUCGCAGUUUUACAAUAUAGUGUACAGAAAAAUCUUGAUAAACUGGGCAAGCCUCCAGACCCUGAAGAGUGGGCUAUGAUGCCUACAGAGGUGAAUGCCUACUACUCACCAACCUAUAACAACAUUGCUUUCCCGGCUGGAAUUUUACAGAAGCCUUUCUUUGACCCAGACUUUCCAAUUCCUUUUAACUUUGGUACGGUGGGGAUGAUUAUCGGACAUGAAUUAACACAUGGAUUUGACAAUUCAGGACGGAAAUUUGAUCUUAAUGGAAAUUUACAUAAUUGGUGGACCAACUCCUCAAUCGAUGGUUUUAAACGCCGGGCAGGCUGUAUGGUGAAACAAUAUUCUAGUUACGAGGUGGAACAUCUCGGUAUCCAUAUACGAGGGGAAACCACUCUAGGAGAAAACAUAGCAGAUAAUGGCGGUAUUAAGACUGCGUACCAUGCCUACAGGAAGUGGAGAAACAGUCAUCCUGACGAUGAGCUACAGUACCCUGGCUUGGAUCUAGAUGACGACCAACUCUUCUACGUCGGAUUCUCACAGCUCUGGUGUUCCUUCUAUACUCCAGCUUAUGCUAAAACCUCUAUUGUAACAGACGAACACACCUACGCAAAAUACAGGGUCAUCGGAGCCUUGUCUAAUUCUGAUUCCUUUGCCAGAGCUUUCCACUGUCCAAGGAACUCACCCAUGAAUCCUGAAAAAAAAUGUGAAGUUUGGUGAUAAGUUUAUGUGUUAAACCUCACUUCUUUCGAUGUAGAACAAAACUAAAUGUCCAGAAAUUGCAAUCAUUGUCAGUAAAUGAAUCAUAACAAAACUUGUAUAAUAUCAUAAAUUUACCUUUUUUCUCCCUUUUUUCCCCCAAAAGAAUUACACACAAUGUUUCCAUAUUUUCAGGUCCUUAUAAUUUUUGAUAUCUUUUUAUCGAACAUUAUUUUCCACAUUUAAGGGUUUAUGCUCUUUAUAAGUCAUACCUGUGAUUUGUGUAAGAUUGAUCUCCCUUGUUUUAUAAGCAUUGUUGAUUUAUGCGGGGAAAAUACCAUAAUGUUAUGACUGGAUAAUCGUUGUCCCUGUGUGCUUAUUUGUGUGUAUAUGAAUUUGCCAGUCCAAAUUACCAUUCAUAAAUGAUAUUUAAUUGUUUUUUUUCAGUAUGAACCUGAUUUAGAAAGGGGGAUAUAUUUCAAAACAUAAAUUUUUGCUUAAUACAACAAUUGAUAAUAUUUUUUGGUAUAUAUUCAUAUGAUUUCAAAAUCAGAACUUAAAACUAGAUAGAAAUUGUUUUGAGAGAAAUUAGCUUCACCAUAUCAAAAGUAAGUCAUUCACCAACAUUUCUAAAUUUUUUAUUAUUAUUUUUUGUUUCAAAGAUAUAAAAUUAUAAAUCGCUCCGCAUUAUCUGUCAUUUGAAGUUUCUUUAACUCCCACCAUAGGAAGUUUUUUGUCUGAAAACCCUAUACCCUCUGUGAGAAAUCCACUUAUAUAUAUCCUGAUCUAUUAGACAAAGCAUUAAUCCUUUAUUUGAGACAUAAUUUAAUAUAUUAUUGGGAAAUCCAUCAAUUAAAACACAAUUUAAUAGGCAACUCAGAAAUGUUAAAAUAUGAUAACUUAAUACAGAUUACAGAAAUCCAUUUCUUGAUAGAUAAUUAAGAAAACAUUGUAGAAAUCCAUUAAUUGAUUCCCAAAUGAUAAAGGAAUGCAGAAAUCCAAUAAUUAAGAUGAAAAUGUUAUAGACAAUGCAGAAAUUCAUUAAUUAAUAGCAUACUUUAACUCAUUCACCCCUGAAGACGCAUUUGAACUUUUCCAGUUCAAAGGUUGGUAUAGUUCAUUAUGAAAUUUCAGGGGUAAGUGAGUAGAAAUAAUAUUGAAUUAGCAUUUCACUUUUAUUAUAAUGUAUAUCAUGUUGUGUACAAAUGUUUGCUGUACUGAUAAAUUGCCGUCAUUACGGACGCAGAAAUAGGCAAAAAUUAAACUGCAGCGAAAAUUUCCCAAUAAACAUACAGUAGACAAUUUAUGAUUGAAAUAGGAGGUAAUGAAUAUAUGAUAUGUGAAAGUACAAAAAAUAUUCAUAUACAUUCACAGAUUAUACUAAAGUCUUAUUUCUAGUGAAUGUUUAAGUUAUAGAAAAUAUGACCCAGGCCAUAUAAACUCAUUAAAUAAUGACACUUCAUGUUUUUAUACCAACCUAUUAUUUAAUUUAGUUUAACUUUAUUUUGUUUUUCACUUUAGCACUAACAAGUUAUUAUAUGUGAAAUGAAAUAGAACAAUGCAAUUUAUUCCAAUCAAUAUCCCCAGUUGUUAGAUGAUAAACUUAAGGUGAGAGUCACACCAUUGGUUUUAAUGUAUCAAGCAUUGAAGAAGCUAUUUUCCUGUUUAAUCUGUGAUUUCCAAUUUAUAUUCAUGUAAAGACAGUUGUAGAUUUCAGGCCUUUUUAAGCAGUAAGAAUUUUUAAAACUUUUCCAGUUGAUGAUGCUAUAAAGUAGUAAAAUAACAAAUAACAUGACCAGUAAUGCAAUGGCUCAGCAAAUUUGUUUUAUAUUAGCAAAAGGUCAAGGGUUUGAUUUCUAAAGUGGACAGUUUUAUGAAAAAAUAAAAUUAUACUGAAUUUUAUAUCUUAAGUAUAUACAUAAUGUAACUAUGUGCUAUACACAAUGUAACUCUGUGCUAUAACCAUGGUGUUAUCUAAGUCCGUGCUAUAACAAAUAAACAAGGUAGAAAAUUCCCAAAUUGGAACUCUUUUGUCAUUGGAGAUACAAUACCUGAGUGCUGGGACUUUCUACCUUAAGGAAUAUACUAUAUGUCAAUGUGUCUUAUCACAGGAAUUGUACAGAAUGGGUGUCCGACAUGGGUUGAUUUCUCGUCCCUCCUUUUAUAAUCAUGAUUUAUGGGACCAGUUAGGUUGUACAGUUGUACAGUGACAACGAAUCAUUAUGCAUAAUACAUUUAUACAUGUAGUUACAAGGAGAAUUGGGAAUUUUAAUCUUAGGCCAAACAAAGAUAUAUGUGUGUUUCCGGUUUCCCUGACGACCUUAGAUUUUCGUGCAUACCCUUAAGUUUUUAUUGGCAUUUAGUGAUAAGCGCUGUUACAGUCUAAACUCCUGCUCUGUAUAAGCAUAGUCAAAAUAUUUUCAAAAAAUAAAUAUUUGCCUAUCUACCGACCCUAAUCUUUUUCAAGCAGAAACGGGAAACACACAUAUUUGUGGGGGUCUUAAAUUAUACAGGAAUAUAUAUGUGUGUACUUGAUAUGUUUGUAUCUGAUGGGAAUACAGUGUUUGGGGAGUUCAAAUACUAAUCUGGGAGGUUUCAUAUUUCCUGUGUGUUUGAAUGUGGAAAAUUGUGAAAAUACGUUGGCGCUAAUCAAAAGAAUACUUUAAAAUUUGAGAAGUUUCAUGAAGCUAAGAAAACACUCAAAUAUAUCAUUCUUUUCAAAAAUGUGUCUUGUUUAGAAUUUUCUUUGUUGUUAAAAAUUCCUUUGACCUUUCACAUCUAGAUUUAUUAAACCAUAAUAUAUAACUAGAGAUAUAUAACUUUGCUUGAGUGACCUGGAUACCCGUUUUAACAUUUUCAUGAAAACAAUUGUUACACAUACUGAAGCCAUAGAAUUCAGAUUUAAAAAAAAGAUAUGACAAUGUUUUACUAUUUUAUAUAUAUUUUGUAUAUAUCAUGUGUUACGAAUACCUAAUUGUGAUGACUGACAAAUCUGUCAUCAGUUUGAAAGUUUUGGUUACAUAAGACAUGUGUAAUGUAGGUGUACCAAAGGGAACUAUUUUUCAUUUGUUAUGAGUUUAACUUCAUUUUUAUUCAACAGUAGUGCAAUUUACCUGUGGAACAUUUUGUUUGUCUCAGUAAUUAUAUUGUGUUAACCAUGUCUGACUCUAGGUAAGAAUUGCAUGUAUAUGUAUAAUCUUAAAAACAGUGCAGAGGUAGAAUUAUAACUCUUUUGCAGCAACAUUGGUGCAAUGAAAACAAAUAUCCACGACAUUUUACCGUGUUCGAAAGACAUCUUUAAAUUAAUAUUUUUUUUAUCAAACAAAGGAAUGACUGAUUUUUUCUAAAAAGUUAUAUAUCAUUAAAAACUCUUAGUAUCAUUAUUCAAUUAAUUAGUUAACUGCAUGAUCACAGAUUUUUUUGUAUCCAUCAUAAAAAAGACCAGCAUAUACUGUACUAGUCUCCCUACUAACCAUACAUAAUAACUUUUAUGAAAGGGAAAUACAGAUCAGUUCUACACUGUAAAGAAACAAACAUUAACCUUGUAAUAAAAACAAAUCGAUAUGAAAGGGAGAAUACAGUUCAGUUCUACAUUGUGGAGUAACCAAAAAUUACCUGGGGAAAGGGAAAUAUAUCUCGGUUCUACACUAACAUAUCCAACAUUUACCUGGUAGCUGAAAGUAACCUGUAUGAAAGGGAACCUUGCGACCUUAAUUAACCUUUAUGAAAGGGAACCUUGCGACCUUAAUUAACCUUUAUGAAAGGGAUAAUACAGCUCAGUUCUACAUUGCCUGGUAUAUUGUUUAUCAGACCAGAUAAAUAAAAACAUGAUUUCUUUAACAAAACAUUUAUCAACCACAAAUAGCUUAAUCUUUUAUAUUGUUUUUUUUUUGUAUAAUAGGGGGACAAAAAUGGACAUUAUACGUUUAAACUCCAAAUUGAGUAAAUUAAAAGGAUUUGGUAAAAAAGCUUAGGCUUAGUCUUAUUAAAAUUAUUUAAUUAAACAUACCCCAGAAAUCAGUUGUAGAAAUUAUUUAUUCUCCCAUUAUAAAUGCCGAGCUAAAUCUGUUAAAACAAUAUAUACAAAGGUAAGAAAAUUAUAGUGCUACGCAAAAACAUCUCACUAACACUAUUAACUAGAAGAUUUUAUGAGCACGAUGGCGCCUUGGUCUUUUGAUAUAUUUAUUAAGUCUUCCUUGUACAUGUUUAGGUGUUUCAAAAUGAAAGUGUUAUUUCAUGACCUUUUUAGGGUUUGGUCAUAGGGCGCUGAUAUAUCGGAGAAUAUUGUUUGACGUGCCACUGUAGAAAUGAGUUAUUCUCUUGAUAUUGUUUGUAUUCUAUGACAGGAAUGGCCUUACAAUAUCUUUUUUAUCCGUGAUCAAAUCAAUAUGUGAAUUGAUCUAACAAAGUGCCUAUGAUAUAUACCUGUUUCAGGUUCUGUGCUUUAUUGACAUUCAGUCUUUAUAUCAUGUUGACACGCUUUGAACAAUGCAUGGUAGUGUAAAUAACAUAUUCACUGGCUAGGAGAAUAUUGAAGUGGUUUUUUGUAACAUUUGUCAUCUCGAUGAAUUAUAUUUUGGGAAACAUGUUUUCAAUCUUAGUGGUUUGUAACUUUGUUUGAGAUGUUAUUUUAUCCUACAUAUAUGAUUGCCCUGAGUAUAACUAUUUCCUUUUAUUGUUAAAACCGGACGCAACACUAAAACAAAAAGAGCUCUUCCUAAUUUGAACCGGUGUAUUCAAAAUUAUUUAAGCAAUAAGCAUUAACGUAUUUUUCGCCUUGUGAAUGUAAAAUAGAAACCAUUAAUAUAGGUUGUUUGGUAUGGAGCUGAAUUCAGCAACGACGUUUUCUAUGAAAGUGACAUUUAAAUUGAAAUCCGUUUAUAUUAAAAUGUUUGGGAAAUUUCAAAUCAUUACAAAUUUUACGAUACACAGUGCAACAAAAGAGAUAUGUAAACUGUAGGCGAUGGAUUGCUCUUAUGAGGAUUGUAUUCAUAUUUCAAAUUCAAAUUGUAUGGGUCAUAGAUUUCUAUACUUACACCAAACAUUGAGUUCCUUUCCCCUUAUAUUGUAACGGUCGUUUAUGUCUACUUUUGAAAACAAAAUAGGAUGACUCCUGACAGGAUUUUGGGCCGUACAAAAGUAGAAAAGUCUAUGUUUAAUAAAACAAAUCAAUAAUGUAUUUUACCAAACUGUUUAAACCGUUAAGAAUAUGAUAAGCGAAAUUCCUCAUAUGUUUUAACAAAUUACAUAUGUAUUUUGCCAAACUGUUGUAAACGUUUAGAUUUCCCCGUGCGUCUUACAUAAAUAAUGGUUGCGACGAUAAAUAUUUGUCAUGGAUUGUAUGCGUUUAUUUUAAAAACUUCGACUUCUUUAUGAGUACGAGUAUUGUAUGUUUGUGCCUAGAUGGACGUAUCGAAAGGAUGACGGAACAAGUUUAGUAUCGAAAACAAAUGUCUUCCUGUGUCAAUGUUCAAUGUCAAAACAAACUUUUGUUGAAAACAAAGGUUGUGCAAUGAUAUACAAUAUCUUUGUUUUUAUCUUUAUUGAACUAUUAAAGGCUGUUUUAAAGGCAAUAGUAAUCUACAGUAGCGAUUUCAUCGUGGUUAUGGCUCAUUACUGUUAUACUUUUGGAGAAAAUAAAAAAAUCAUGUUUUAUGAAUUA